ACCUCGGCGCACCCACUUGAUGUUCCGAAGGCACCGAGGACAAUGAACGGUUCUACGGGAAGUAGUCUCGUCCCUCUCGAUGAUGAUAUAUUCCUACGCCUACUGCGUCCGGGAAGAAAUCUUCAUGUCGCCACACUACUACUUUCGCAAAAAAUCGGCGACGGAAAAGCCAAUCAUCGGAGCAAUCGUGUGGCGUUUCCAAAGGCGAUAUAAUUACGCUUGGCAACAGGACCCACUUGAAUAGUUCGCAAGGAGGAGUUUUGAGUUAUUUAAGCUUCAUGGAUCCUGGCGCUCCCCAUCAAUUCCUCGCUGUCCGUAUUGUUGAUCAUGGACAAGGAAAUCGUCGCAAAACAACCACUUUCAAGGGGGCGUACAGUGGCUAUCAUCGCGACAUGUACGAUGGUUAUGUGGGUGAACAGCUCGAACCUUACUUCUGCAGCGGUGUCUCUACCCUCGAUAGGAAGAGAUCUGGGUAUCGAGCAAAAUCAGCUUGAAUGGCUCGUUUCAUCGUACGCUUUGAGUUCUGGUUGUCUUUUUCCAUUGCUCGGACGCGUUGCAGAUCUAUACGGCCGCAAGAUAACAUUCUUGCUCGGUUCCGCAUGGCUCGCCAUCUUCACACUUGCUUGCGGAUUUGCUCAUGAUGCCAUCGUCCUCGAUGUGCUUCGUGGUUUGCAAGGUAUCGGAGUCGCAGCAGCCCUCCCAGCAUCAAUGGGCAUUCUCGCACAUUCAUUCCCCCCUGGUCGAACGCGGUCUAUUGCGUUCGCUACUUUUGCUGCUGGAGCGCCACUUGGUGGAUUUACAGGUCAAGCAUUGGGUGGGACCUUGAUCCAGCUCUCACAUCCUUCCUGGCGGAGUAACUUCUAUCUCUCAAGUGGUCUGACAGUUUUGUUCCUGCUCAUGGGCCUUUUUUCCAUUCCCCGAGACGAACCAUCUACCGAAGCUGAUCGUCGCAUCGAUUGGUUGGGAGCGUUUUUAGUAACUGCGGCAUUGGUCCUCAUCAUCUUCGUUCUGAGUGAUGGUGAGAUUGCUCCGAAUAAAUGGGCGACCUCUUACAUCAUUGCUCUUCUCAUCCUUGGCGUACUCAUCCUUGGUGUAUUCCUAGUCUGGGAAUGGUAUCUUGAGCGCGUCCAGCUCGACCCAAAUGCGCCUUAUUCGAUGUGGACUCCUCCCCCAAUGAUGAAGCUCUCCUUAUGGACCAAAGCAAACGGAAAAUUUGCUGCAAUUAUGCUUAUGAUAUUACUCACCUUCGCCUCAUUCCUGGCGUGGAACUUUUGGUCACAGUUAUUCUAUCAAGAUUACGAGGAUUACACGCCUAUUCUCACUAUGCUUAGGUUCAUUCCUAUGUUCGUUACAGGGGUCAUUCUCAACACCAUCGUUGUUUUGGUUAUUGCUCGUGUGCCUAUUGUAUGGCUUUUGGCGAUCGGAACACUAGCUACUGGCUGCGCAUCCUUGUUCUUUGCCCUCAUCCAGCCCAAUGCUACUUACUGGCGCUUCGGUUUCCCCAGUGCCAUCUUGUCCGUGUUUGGUGCCGACUUCGUCUUUGCGUCAGGAACGAUCUUCGUCGCACAGAUUGUCGAACCACAUGAGCAGAGCCUUUCCGGCGCUUUGUUCCAAACGAUGAAUCAGGUCGGAACAGCAUUGGGCGUAACGGUCACCACCAUUAUUUACAACCGGGUGGUGGCACAAAGUUCGGCAAAAAUGGGAAUUAUUGUCGACACCAGCAAUAGCAAUGCGCCUCGAGAAGCACUGCUUCAUGGCUACAAAGCCGCAGCAUGGGGCUCAUUUGCUUUCGGAGUUGUCGGUACUAUAUUUGCAGUCCUUUUCUUCUGGAACGUCGGUGUAGUUGCUGAUCACGGACAACCGGAGUCGGACGCUAUAAACUCUGCCCCAUCGUCUGGAUCACAAACCAUGCCUACUUCUGCUAUUGAUUUGGAGAAGGGUGUAUCGGCUUCAAGACUGAUCACUCGCACUCCGUCUAUCGAGUCUCGAGCUUGAACUGAUACUAUAUGCUUUUUCUUAAUUAUUAGACUGUUUCCCAGCUCGAUACUAUCAUGCUUGUAUAUUAGUACUCAAAAUAUGCACACAACUGGAUUCCUCGUCAUGGAGCAAAGCUUGCUGGAUGGUCCUGAUACAGAAAUACUGUUCCUGGAACUCUGAACUUCAGAGUAUCGGGUAUUCGUGCUUUACGUGGAAAUUCCAUGGAUUGCACUGAAAUAGUAUACUGAUACAAGAUAACCGGCCUAUGCGGUCCAAACUUUAGCAAUAAGCUCCGUCAGACCUAA